GACGCAGCCGACGGGCGGGCGCGAGGGAGGGAGAAGGAGGAGCCCGCGAUGGCUGGUGCCGCCGCCGUCGCGCUCUCCCUCGCCGCACUGCCCGCCGCCGCCGCUCCGCCGCUGCCAGCUCCCGGCCGCCCCGCCGCCGUCCCCAUGGCCGAGGAGGAGACCUCCAGCGAAGGGCUAGGAUGGUUAUUCAGCUGGCUUCCUGCUUGGUGUCCCACGUCACUGCUGCACCUUAAAGAGGCUGAGGACAGAAUGCUAAAAUGUAUUGCAAGCACAUAUAAUAAACAAUAUGUGUAUAUAUCUAAUGGAAAUAAAAUAUGGACACUGACAUUCUCUCCGGACCUUUCACAUAAAACUCCGCUUGUUCUCCUGCAUGGGUUUGGAGGAGGUGUUGGACUGUGGGCUCUGAAUUUUGAAGAUCUCUGUGAGAACAGGACCGUUCAUGCUUUUGACAUCUUGGGAUUUGGACGUAGCAGUAGACCACACUUUGACACUGAUGCUCGAGAAGCAGAAAAUCAGUUUGUGGAAUCCAUAGAAGAAUGGAGAAAGGAGUUGGGGCUAGAAAAAAUGAUUUUACUUGGACACAACCUAGGUGGAUUCCUGGCUGCUGCUUACUCAUUAAAAUACCCAUCAAGGGUCAAACAUCUUAUCUUAGUGGAGCCAUGGGGUUUUCCAGAGAGGCCUGACAAUGCUGAACACGAAAGACCAAUUCCAAUCUGGAUCAAAGCACUAGGAGCUAUAUUGAGUCCAUUUAAUCCGUUAGCUGGGCUGAGGAUUGCAGGACCCUUUGGAUUAAGCCUUGUUCAGCGUUUAAGACCAGAUUUCAAGAGAAAAUAUGCAUCCAUGUUUAAUGAUAACACUGUGGCUGAAUAUAUCUAUCACUGCAAUGUACAGUCACCCAGUGGUGAAACAGCUUUCAAGAACAUGACUAUUCCUUACGGAUGGGCAAAAAGGCCAAUGCUGCAACGGAUUCCGCAAAUGGAUCAAGACAUUCCUAUCACUGUGGUCUAUGGAGCACGUUCAUGUAUAGAUGGCAAUUCUGGCAGCACUAUCCAGUCUCUGAGACCAAGUUCGUAUGUGAAGACAAUAGCUAUCCUUGGUGCAGGUCAUUAUGUGUACGCUGAUCAGCCUGAAGACUUCAAUCAGAGAGUGAAAGAUAUCUGUGAUUCUGUGGACUGACUGUCUUAGGAAGUCAUACCAUAGAUAGCAUUUAAUAGCAAUACUCUCUAGGAAAUGUGGAGCUAAUGGAACAGGCUCCGUUUGCACACUGUUUCUUCUAAGAAGCCAUUUGCACACUUAAACCACUUAGUGCCUUUUGGGGCGGGUAUAGGGAGAUUUGAAGCAAACUUCGUACAGCUUUGUUUGAGAUUGGUCUUUAGAUAAUUGGCCUGUCAUAUAUGAAAUUACAUAUAACUUUUAAACUGUAAUUUUCUUCAAAAUGUGAUUAAAUUUUGCACAUGUUGAACUUCUAAAGAUGCUGAGUUAUCCACUAACACAGGCAACUGUAUCGAUAUAGAUACAAAGUAUAAAAUGCAAUUUGGUUUCUUUAUAAACAUUCAGAUUUUUAAAUUGCUGUUUCAUAGGAAGAAUAUGAAAUUGCUUAUACAUUUUAAGAGGGUGUAUUUUUUUUUAACUGGAGUAAUAACAGCUUAUGAAGCUGAUUUUGGGAGAGGGACAGGGUCAAGAUGAUGAGCAGUGUCUGUCACUGAAAUACGUUUGUUAGUCUGUAAGGAAUUGGGGCUCAAUAUUAGGAAAUCUUCGGCUGGAUUUUAUUUCCAUUUAUUUCAAGACAUCUUUUUCCAUCUGUGCAACUUUCACGGAAGGCUCAGUUUGUAAGAGUCAAUGAUGUCACCAGCACUCAUACUUCCAUAAUUUUUUUGAUACGUAGAUUUCCGUGAUUUAAAAUACAGAAGAUGGCUUGUUUGUUACUCCAUCUAUUUUUGACACUGUACUGUCAGAUCUGUUACUAGCCUAAACCUAACAAUGGUAGAUAAGUUAAGAUUUUGAUUAGGGCUAGGGAACGGCCAUCUGGAUGGUGAGCGUAAUUCCCUUUUUCUUUAGGUAGAAAACCUAGUCUGCUUUUUAGUAAGUUUGGGGUGGAGGAGAGGCAGAGGAAGAAUAUUGAUGUUCUCUAAUUGGGAACUACAACGGGUUAGCGUAUUUUAGUUAACAUGUAGCCUCCUUAUAGGAAGGAUUAUUACUGGAAUGAACAAUACCACUGUAACAAAUUAUAAUUAUAUUUCUUGGAGAUUCUUUAUAUAAUUAUCAGUAUCAGAGAUAAUACAGUCUCUGCAUCUUUUUGAAAUAGUAGUUUGGCAUUAGUUCUUCACAGGCUUGGUAAAUUAUAUUAAGCAAAAUACUUUGUCACUUUAAAGCCAAAUUAUGUGGUGGUUUGUUUUUUAACAAACUUACGUAAAACUAUUGAUCUGCUUUUGAAUAUUAAAUUGACUACUGAAUAGUUCUUGAUACUUUUAUACAUAAAGAAUUUAAAUUAAUGAUAGCACCGUCUUAAAGCUUGAGUGGAAUUAAGUGCAUUUUUUUUCCUCAAAUUAAGGAAUUGUUGCAUGUAUUUAUGAUGUGGGAGGUAAAGAUAUCUAAAAUAUUCAGGAAAUACUCUAAUUAUGUUCCCAGCCCAACAUUAUCUCUCUUUCUGAAGGAGGUAUUUAUCUAUAUGGUGCUAUGUAAACAUCAAACAGUCUUUGUGACUGCCUUGUCUGGCAGUAUUUAAUAUCUAAUAAGCUAAAGAUUUUAAUUAAAAUUAACUAUUGAAUUAAAUUACUUUUUCAGUUAGCAGAUGCCAGAUUUUUUUAAAACAAAAUUUGGGGUUAUUUGCUAAAAUACUGAGGUCAAAAUGGAAAAUCAGAAUAUCAAUUACUUUUUUUAAUAUAAGCUAGUAAUUAUCAGUCAUGCCACCAUGUAGGUGGAUGCCUUCAAUAUGUAUUUUUUCACCCUUUUCAUUGUCUAAUUUGUAUUUAUCAACUUAAACAGAUGUUUUAAUUGUGUGUAAAAACCUAAUGCAAAAAUAUAUUCUGGGUCUCCUCCAAAUAGCAAAAAAUGAAACAAACCAUUGAUAUUUUCAGAUAGCACUUACUGAUGGGAAUUCUAGAUUCCACAUCAAAAGAUCGAAGUAGGGAUAAAAAUUGCACGCUGAAUGUGAAUACUGUUUUAAAUAUCCCUUGCUUUUUCAGCUGCUUGUUGUACUAAUAUGACUUAUUGCUUAAGUUUUGCACAAUAAAAAAAAAAUCUUAAAUGUUGUGUUUGAUUAAUGUUAAGACAUAAUGUUGCUUUUGUAAAAGUUGUGUGUAAUUAAGGCCUGGAAAUCAAGAGUAAUUAGUAACCAUCCAAAAAUACAUUAAAAAUACAGUAAUGCUUAUUUUGAUAUGUCUCAAUGUUCUUAGGUGUUCUUGUAUUUAACUGAAACCAGUAAGCAUUUGUCAACGAGUAGCUGCAAGCUCAGAAUGCUGAUUGUAUAUGCAAGGGAAAUGUUUGUUGGUUAUCUUCCAGGCAGUAUUAGAUACUGUUGUGAAGGUCGAGAUGGAAUUUUGUAUAUCCUCUUGUGUGCAACAUAACCCAAUAAAGUUACUUUAAUAAACAUCGUAA